AUGAGCUCUCCUGACUCCUCGAAGGCUGGGAAUCAAGAGUCCGAGCCUCUCAAAAAGAAGAAGAAGCUCAAGAAAAAGGUAAAAAUUUCCACUAUGACUCGAGGGGUCAUGUGGAAUGGCUCAGCGCUUUGCGGUCGCGCUUCGGUUUGAGUUAAGGCUCUUCCUUGAGGUUCAAAAUUUUACAGUAGAUAAAUCUUGGUGACAGUUAUAAACAGUAGAAUCUGCCUGAUUCUUCUUAGUUCCCAAGAAAAAUUGCGAAAAUGGCUUCUACCCCUGUAGUGGCUGGAUUUUAACUGUACAUAGUUGUUCUGAAAAAAAAGCUAUUUCCGAUAAAUUUUUGCGCCUUAAAAAUCGAAAACUUAGAGCCGAGUUUCCUAGUAGACUCCCUAACAAUUCGUUUCAAGUCGGGCGCAUUUCUAAAAUAAUCACGUCGGCUGUUAUAGCUGAUUCACGACUGGCUUGAGCCAUCCAAAAAAGGGUCCUGACACGAUAAUAGAAAGAGAUAGUUCCUGGUUGGUGGAGACCGCAGACACGCCACGCCCCCUCAGCGUCCCAUGGAGCCAUUCCCAGUGCGACCAGAGAUUCUCAAUUUUAGUUUGAAUUUUUUUACGAACUGUAGAACCCCUGAAUAACUGAUAUUUUCAAGAAAUGAUUCCAAAUUUAAAUUUAGAAGCCCGUUGAAGAGCUGUCUGUUGUGGAACCUGUGAAGAAAGUGAAGAAAAAGCUGAAGAAAAUGGUGGGAAAAAACAAGAAGAUUUUUUCUUUAUGAAUGUAACUUCAGAAGGUCGUAGAAGAAGUUUCAAUCGUCGGAGAAAGUGAGAAGAUAACGAAAAAGAAGAAAAGAAAGAUAUUGGAAAAGAGAGAAAUGGUGGGUUUUCGGAUCAAUUAUGAAGAAUUUUUUGGUUUCAGUGA